AUGCCAAUGAUAAUGCAAGAAUUUCAAACCGUAGCACCUAAGCAGCAAUCCUAUCCCACAUGCGCGUCAACGGUUCCGGUCAUUGAUCUUGUUCUAGCUCUCGACGGAUCGACAACGAUGGAUAGUGAUACUUUCCAGAGUGUUAUCGACAGAACUUUCGAGAUGGUUAACAAAGUAGUCUUUGGUCCGAAUAAUGUUCGUGUAAUGAUGGGCGUCUACGAUAAUACCACCCACUUCCAAUUCGACGCAGACCUGAGUUUCAUAGAAACCGUACCGGACUAUUUGAACACAGUUGUUAAUGAAAUGUUUUACGGCUACACGGGCGGAGAUGGGAACAAUAUUAUGGGUGUCGCUGAAUAUGUACUUGCGACCACAAUGUCGGCCCCAUUCCGCGAAAAUGCCAGAAAGUUGAUUACUAUUAUUAGCUCUCAAGGAUGGAAUCAAGGAAACCACGGCAAGGGAUUUUCGGAUCCGACCCUUAUGUUCCAAGAACUCAAAAAUCAAGGCGUGGAGGUAUAUGCCAUUGGAUAUGGUGCAAGCGCAAACAUGACGCAGUUAAUGCUGGUUUCUCCCUGCGCUCGUUAUGCCCCGACCGAAUUUGGGCUUCUUGACGCCAUCGACAACUUCUAUGGAAUGAUUUGCAGUACUACUCCAACUUUAUAUCCCACAUGCGCACCAACGGUGCCAAUCAUCGAUCUUGUUGUCGCCUUCGAUGGAUCAGCGACUAUGAAUAGAAGCACCUUCUCAACAGUUGCGGAUAAAUUUCUCGAACUUGCUCAAAACGUGGUUUUUGGACCCAAUAAUGUUCGCAUAAUGAUGGGUGUAUAUGAUAAUGUUAACCACUUCCAAUUCGACACUAAUCUGGAUUUUGUGACAACUGUAUCGACGUACCUAACAGUACUGGUUAAUGAAUUGUACGCUGGCUAUACGGGCGGUGAUGGCAACAAUUUGAUGGACGUGGCUGAAUAUGUACUUGCAAUAAUGUCGACGCCCUUCCGUGAAAAUGUUAGAAAGAUGAUUACUAUCAUUAGUACACAAGGAUGGGAUCGAGGCAACAAUGGAAAAGGUUUUUCGAACCCAACCCUUAUGUUCGAAGAGCUCAAAAACCAUGGUGUUGAAAUUUACGCGAUUGGGUAUGGUCCGGGUGCAAACAUGACUCAACUAAAGAUGAUUUCACCAUGUGCUCGCUACGCUGCUACGGAAUUUGGUUUGAUUGACGCUAUUGAUAAUUUGUAUGGAAUGAUGUGCAGCAGUACGCCAACUUGC